ACUGCCAGUAAGUGCGGCGUCGUUAGGUGGGGCGGGGUCUGGGCGGGGUCUGUUGCUGCUGCUGCUGCUGCUGCGGGGGGGUUAUUAUCAUCGCUACUGCUGUAACCGUGCAGGACGUGAUCUCUGUGUAACACCAUUAAAAACAGCGGAUUAUUAAACAGUUACCGAACCGUUUGGACCUUCUUGUUCUUCUCCUUGUUCCCGCGCUAACUCGACAGUCAGGAUGGGGAGCUGUUUAACCGUCGGGCCGAACGAAGCUCUGGUGGUCUCCGGUAGGUGUUCCCCUUCUGACCGAGCUAAGAGCUAACACACGUUAGCAGUGAUUAAAGUCAGGGUUAGCUUCCACCAGUAUGUAGAAACAUAAAUUAACUUUAUAUGUGAUAUUAUAAACGAGAUAUGAUGAUGAAGUUGGUGAUUCAGUGUGAGGGACGUUACCGUAAAUAACGGCUUCUAUCUGCUCCGUUACGGUAACAUCACUGACACACACUGCAGCUGUGACAGGUUCAGGACAUUUAAGGUUUAAACUGAUUUAUUUUUCACAUAAUCUCAAACUAUAACACCAACUAUAAUGACAGAUAUCGAUAAAUUACUGAUAUGUCCCUCUCAUGUGGACCAGUUUAGAGCUUCAUUUAGGCCUUUAUCAUUAAGGUGGUGUUACAGUGAAGGGGCGGGUUUGUCCAUCAUCACCCAUUAACUCUCACCAAAACAAUCAUUUAUGACCUAUUUAUCUUUAAACUGGAGUUAAGAAGACUCCUCAGAGUGAAACAGAGUUAGUUUAAUACUCUACAGACCCUGAUGGGACAGAGGAGCAGAAAAUCACAAGUUAAUAAUUAUUAUUUUCACAGUAAAAACGACAUUUAGAGUGAAAAUAUGGAGACAUUAUUGUUUUAAUUUUGGUCAUUUUAACCUACAGUUGAUGAAAGUUAAAAAUCCACGAUCUCAGGUUUUCUGUGGGGCUCAGGUCAGGUGAGUUGGCUGUUCCAUUAAGCGCAGUAGUAUUAAGGUAGUGGUAGUUUUGGCGCUGUGAACAGGUGUGAAGUCAGCAGACUGAAGUAUGAGGGGCUCUAUAAUCUCCAGGUCAUCUUAAAGCUGUGUCGACUCUGGACAAGAUAAAACACACAGAUGACACGACUAAUCAUCACAGAUCAGGGAGACCUUACACCGUCCAACACCUACAUUUACAAAUAAAAUGUCAAAUUUAUUUUAUUCUCAAACCCGCUGAGAUCAAGAUCUCAUUUACAAGAGUGACCUGGCCAAGAGGUCGGCAGCACAAGUCACAAUACUAGAUAAUAACAAAGAAGAAGAAAAUGACCUCCAGAAACAGAAUUAAAAACACAGACACUGUUCCACGUCUCCUAAAGUCUGUCAUGGAAGAUUGAACGAAAUGCUGAAGCGGCAGCAAAACUGAAAAACCCGUUUUCCCAGUUCAGUUCUGAUUCGUGGAACAAUCAAAUGGACGGUGUUGUUUUUCUACUUUUAUCUUAAAAACCGAACUUCAGACCAGUGAGCGAUCUUCCCAUUUUGUCCUUCUUGGUUCAGGGCUGGAUCACUAUUAGAAAUGUGACACUUGUAGUCCGUUUCCUGGACACAUAAAGUUUAAAUAUACAGAUUAUUAGUAUAAGUAUUGAACUAAUGUUGUCAGUUUUAGCACCUGUUUGGAUCUGGGGGGGCGUAGUCAGGGAUCUGAGGUACACAGACCGACUGCUCACUAACCCAGGAGGCCCUCUGUAAAGACAGAGAGAGAGGAGAAAACAGCAGCAUUCAUGCUAAAAUCACUCAGCUGUGUGUUGUGGUUGAUUCCAUUUAGAGCCACCGACCCGGUACGACUCACUGAAAAUGCAUUGACCUGCUUUACUUAUAAUGACAGGACCUACGGGAAUCCGAAGCCAAGUGAACCACAUCUUGAUUAAACCAGAUGAUUCUUCAGUCCUCAGUUUGGAUUAUAUGACAGAGAAGUGUUGAAAUAACUGAGACUGGAAUGAUUUCUCCUCCUGCAGGUGGAUGUUGUGGCUCUGACGACAAGACGUAUGCUGUUGGAGGCUGGGCCUGGGCUUGGUGUCUCAUCUCAGACACCCAAAGGUGACAACAAAAUAUUAUAUAAAUAUAGAUAUAAUCAAAUAUAGGCAGUUAUCUCACACUCUUGAAUGAAAUGACGGAGGGUUUGUUGACCAAACAACACAUGAAGAAAGAGGAAGUACUUAACAUUUUUGUUUGACUGAGUGUGUUUAAGGUUGAUGAUGGUCAUCCAUGUUUGUAUGUCUUUAAGUUGUUAGUCAGACUGAUAGAUCCGCGCAGCUCUCUCAUAUUUUCCAUGUCAGAAGUGAGACGUAUUUCUCAGGUUAAUCUUUAGCAGCAGCAGCAGUCGUCGUUGUUGUUAAGAUGGUUUUUAUUCUUCAGCGCUGCCCUCACUUAUGCUUCAGGUCAGAAACUGAGGUUGGGAAAUUUUCCAUGACCUCACUUCCUGAGUAUUUGUUUUAGUUUUACGGUUCAGAGCCGCAGUCGUGGAAAAGUUGUAGAUCAACAUGAAAUAUCUGAGAGGUGACACAUCGUCUAAGAGCUGUGAGAGGAGAAAUCCUGAGAUGAGAGGAGCCCAGGGUAACGGAGCAGGACCCCUGACAGAGAGGACCUGAGAGCUGGUCAAAGUUCAUCUGUAAUCUUUCACACACUUCACCGCUGAUGAAGUUGUUCAAGUUUAACUCGUCUGGAUUUUAUGACACAAACAAGCUGCAGAAGGUAAAAGGGUAAGCGUGGCGGGAAGCUCUAAUCCUUCAGGUCACAUGAUACAGACACCAUCAGCCCAGUUCAUAACCCUUCACUGACACUGACAGUAAAAGUUCCUGGUGAAAUCAGACCGCCCCCCCCUCACGGACGGAUCAUCGUUUUAGGAAGUUCUCAGGAGGUUUCUGUUAAAUGGGGAGGGAAGUGUGACAGCUGUUUCCAGCGUUUCCCUCUGUGGUUCUUUCAGUGAAGUCUCAUUAGAGAUACAGGCUGAUCGAGGAUUAAAGAUACACUCUGAUCUUAUCCUGAUUAACUUACAUAAUUAGACAGACAGACAGCAGGUUGUACAGAGAGGUGUUUUUUUUUAUCUUUUCACUGAUCUGUGUCAAAGUUCUGAACUCAGUGAGGUGAAGUGAUCAAACACCUGAAGAUCAAUAAAGACUCAGUUUUUCUGUUUGAUCUCUCUCUCUCUCUCUCUCUCUCUCUCUCUCUCUCUCUCUCUCUCUCUCCCUGUCUCUCUGUGAUCUUAUUAUUACCGUCGUGAUUUUCUUCGUCUCUGCAGGAUCAGCUUAGAGAUCAUGACUCUGCAGCCUCGCUGUGAGGACGUGGAGACAGCUGAGGGGGUCGCCAUCACCGUCACAGGUGUUGCUCAGGUACAGAGACGUCCUGAAUGUGUCUCCUCUCCAGGUGUCUGCAGGUGAGCUGACCUCUGUGUCUGUUUCAGGUCAAGGUCAUGACCGAGCAGGAUCUGCUGGCUGUAGCUUGUGAACAGUUCCUGGGAAAGUCAGUCAUGGACAUCAAAGCUGUGGUUCUGCAGACUUUGGAGGGACAUCUGCGCUCCAUUCUAGGUACAGACAUCUAUUCUCUCUCUCUAUAUAUAUAUAUGUAUAUUUAUAUAUAAAUAUAUGUGCAGGGCUCGACAGUGCAACUGUUUCACUCACAUUUGCAACUAAAAAUAGAUGUGUGUGAAUUGUAAAAUGUAUUUAGGGUCACAUGUGCGCAUAAAAACAUCAGAUGAGGUAACCAAUGUUUUUUCCUGUAAAUACGGCGGUGAAGUUAGUUUCAGGUUGGAUAUAUUUUCCUGUAAAUACGGCGGUGAAGUUAGUUUUAGGUUGGAUAUAUUUUCCUGUAAAUACUGCGGUGAAGUUAGUUUCAGGUUGGAUAUAUUUUCCUGUAAAUACGGCGGUGAAGUUAGUUUCAGGUUGGAUAUAUUCUCCUGUAAAUACGGCGGUGAAGUUAGUUUCAGGUUGGAUAUAUUUUCCUGUAAAUACGGCGGUGAAGUUAGUUUUAGGUUGGAUAUAUUUUCCUGUAAAUACGGCGGUGAAGUUAGUUUCAGGUUGGAUAUAUUUUCCUGUAAAUACGGAGGUGAAGUUAGUUUUAGGUUGGAUAUAUUUUCCUGUAAAUACAGCGGUGAAGUUAGUUUUAGGUUGGAUAUAUUUUCCUGUAAAUACGGCGGUGAAGUUAGUUUCAGGUUGGAUAUAUUUUCCUGUAAAUACGGCGGUGAAGUUAGUUUUAGGUUGGAUAUAUUUUCCUGUAAAUACGGCGGUGAAGUUAGUUUCAGGUUGGAUAUAUUUUCCUGUAAAUACAGCGGUGAAGUUAGUUUUAGGUUGGAUAUAUUUUCCUGUAAAUACGGCGGUGAAGUUAGUUUUAGGUUGGAUAUAUUUUCCUGUAAAUACGGCGGUGAAGUUAGUUUUAGGUUGGAUAUAUUUUCCUGUAAAUACGGCGGUGAAGUUAGUUUUAGGUUGGAUAUAUUCUCCUGUAAAUACGGCGGUGAAGUUAGUUUCAGGUUGGAUAUAUUUUCCUGUAAAUACGGCGGUGAAGUUAGUUUUAGGUUGGAUAUAUUUUCCUGUAAAUACGGCGGUGAAGUUAGUUUCAGGUUGGAUAUAUUUUCCUGUAAAUACGGCGGUGAAGUUAGUUUCAGGUUGGAUAUAUUUUCCUGUAAAUACGGCGGUGAAGUUAGUUUCAGGUUGGAUAUAUUUUCCUGUAAAUACAGCGGUGAAGUUAGUUUUAGGUUGGAUAUCUGACGGACAUUCUCUGAGGAUCUACCGGUGUCUUCUCUCUCUCCAUAACCGGGAAUAACAACAGCAGCGCGGUUAAAUCUACUCGACACCCUCACUGUCAACGUCGGUGUUGAAUAAGGGACCGUCAAUAAAUUACCGGUUGAUGUUCUCAGAAAAGGCUGUUUUCCUUCAAUAGCUUCACUGUCAUGUGACCAAAAGACCUCAAAUUGAUUUCUAAUAAUAGUACUAAGGUCGAUCAAUAAGACAAACAUUAUUUGAUCAGUUUUCAUUGUUCCCCUUUUUCAACUUGUGAACAUGUGAACAAAGUUAGAGUCAAACCCUGAUGUGUGUGUUUAAUAAAUAAAAUGUCCGUUAACGUUAAUCACUGAAUCAAAUUUUAACGCUGCGUCACUUUUGCAGGAACUCUGACUGUGGAGCAGAUCUAUCAGGACAGGGACCAGUUCGCCAAACUGGUGAGGGAGGUAGCAGCUCCUGACGUGGGCAGGAUGGGGAUCGAGAUUCUCAGCUUUACCAUCAAGGUGGGUAAAAGGUGCGAGGAGCUGAGGGUUAGACUCGCUGUUCGGUGUAGCCUCCUCCACUGUUGUAGUAUGGAGAUAUUCUAGCUGACACACAUCUUAAAGUCUGAGCUGUAAUUUUACAUCAAAGAUAAACGAUCACUCUCAAGGAUAAAGAUGUUUACUCUGACGUGUUUAAAAUCACUGAAAAUGUUCCGGUGAAGACGCAGCCCCACAGAUGAUGGAUGUUCUGCUCAUGAUGAACAUCUUCCUCACUUCAUCCCCUUCAUCAUCAUCAUCAUCACCUUCCUCUCUUGGAUUUGUAGAGAGUAAACAGCAGCUGUCAGAUGAUCUCUGUAUUUGUGUUUCCUCUGAUUCAGCUCUGAAGUCCGACUCUGUGAGAGGGAGCACUCUGCUGCUUCCGCUUCAUGGCUGAUGAUGAUAUAUGAUCUGCUAUCAGGAGAUCAGCAUGAGGAGAAUGAUGUGGGUGUUUACUCACUGAGCAGCAGUCUGUACAGCUCUAACAAACACACACAGUGGUUUAGUUUCUCUGUGCUGCUGGAGCUGCUGCUCGUCUCUCCUCAGUUUUGGAGUUAUCAGUCGAAGAUCUCAGCUCCUGUUUUUAACUCUUUGUAGUUACAACGAAGUGAAAUGUGGUGAAAACGGAGCAGCUGAUCAGAGUGUUUCUCUGGAAACCUCAAGUCCAUUACUACCAGAUCAAUUAGUCCAGGCUGAUGUGGUCUGUGUGACUUCAGUGUAAACCUCUUUUCCUCUGUUUGUGUCAUCGGCUCUGACAGUAAAGAGAGAGAGAGAGCGGCGUUUACAGUUCACAGUACGAGCUCCUUUUUCUACUCAGGUUCAGAAAGUGGAAAAGCUUUAACUCUAAACCUGCAGAACUGGUUUAUUUACAGCUGCACUCAUACUGGGAAUACUGGUGUUUGGAGAACAUGUUCAUGUUUGCUGUGGUCAUCUCCUGGAGCCUCCCUUCAUGCUCCAUCGAGGUUAACCCGCUGCUCUGUGUUUGCAGGAUGUGUACGACAAACUGGAUUACCUGAGCUCGCUGGGAAAGACCCAGACUGCAGCGGUCCAGAGGGAUGCUGACAUCGGCGUGGCUGAGGCAGAGAGGGAUGCUGGGAUACGGGUAAGGAGGCCUUAACACGUGGAGGAGUUUUUGUCUGACUCAGCAGCAGCGAGCUGAACUCUGCUUCUCCUCUUCGCCGUCACUCAGGAGGCCGAAUGUAAGAAGGAGAUGAUGGACGUCAAAUUCCUGGCUGACACCAAGAUGGCCGACUCCAAACGAGAGCUGGAGCUGCAGAAAGCGUCGUUCAACCAAGAGGUCAACACCAAGGUAGGAACACGGUUUGAGUGUGUGACUCAUGGUCAGGGGCGUUCGUCACACAGAGGUCAGUCAGUCAUGAUGAAUUCAUCAAACGCCGUUUAAACGUAUUCGUCAUUUCUGUAGAGAACAGUGUUGUUUUUGGCAGGCAUUUUAGAUUUAGUUUUAGUCUUAGUCAUUUUGACAAAAUGCUUCUUCGUUUUAGUCCCAUUUUAGUCAUUUCUAUCCUUGAUAGUUUUCGUCUAGUUUUAGUCCGAGGAAAACUCAAAAGGUUUUCGUCUAGUUUUAGUCGACGUAAAGGUGCCUUUUGAGGUUCGUGGUGUUCUUUCCCGACAGUUUGAAGCAUGAGGAAGCUGUGGCUCCACAACUGUCGUCUGUCUCGUCUCCCCGUCCCGUGUUUUAUUGUCACUUUUAUUUUAUUGUCACUUGGACUGUAUCUGAAGUAGGACCAAAAAUCAUCCCUCUUUUUUCGGCCACCGGGCACCGCUGCUGUGCCUGCCGCCACGGUGUGUGUGUGUGUGUGUGCGCGCCUCGUCCACAUGCCGCUCUGUGUAUGUGUAUGAGUGUGUGCGCGCAGCUGUGCGCGAGCGAGGCUUUUGGUGCGUGUGUGAUGGGGGCGUGACUGUUAGGACAAAAAAAAAAGCAUGUUUUGAAACUUUGUUCGUCCACCUAAUAACAAUUUAGUCUCGUCUCGUUCUCGUCUGACGAAAAUGAAUAUAAUUUUCGUCACAUUUUAGUCUUUACAGAGCUUUGGUGACGUUCGUCUUAGUCUCAUUUUCGUCAAGGAAAAAAGGGGUCUGACGUCGUCAUUUAAGUUUUCGUCCUGCCUGACGAAAACAACACUGGUAGAGAUGUGGUUUUUUUCAAGAGACCAGAGAGAGCUCAGAGCUGAAAUCUCCUCUAGAGCGUCUGAAGACGUGUACGGGUUCGAGUUCUUCACUCAGUCAGAGUGAAGAAAGAAGAAGUUCAGAGCAGCUGAGAGAAAAUCGAACGAAGAUUCAGAAAAUAUACAGACUUAAAGCUGCUGGAGGAGAAAGGACAGGGUCGGGCUCUCGUGUUACUAGAUUUCAAACAAAGUGUGUGUGUGUGUGUGUGUGUGUGUGUGUGUGUGUGUGUGUGUGUGUGUGUGUGUGUGUGUGUGUGUGUGUGUGUGUGUGUGUGUGUGUGUGUGUGUGUGUGUGUGUGUGUGUGUGUGUGUGUCCUGCCGUCUUCAGAAAGCAGAGGCCCAGCUGGCCUACGAGCUGCAGGCAGCCAAGGAGCAGCAGAAGAUCCGCCUGGAGGAGAUCGAGAUCCAAGUGGUUCAGAGGAAGAAGGAGAUCACCAUCGAGGAGCGGGAGAUCCAACGCACGGACAAGGAGCUGAUCGCCACCGUGAAGAGGCCUGCUGAGGCCGAGGCCUACAAGAUGCAGCAGCUGGCUGAGGGGCAGAAGUAAGUGAGAACCCCGAGGUUUGAGGAGACAGACAACCAGUCUGAUGACCCUCCUCAACCAGUUCCACCAGUUAGUGUAGACCACAGGUCCACAGAGGGAUUCCUCACUGCUCUUCAGGUCAGGGCAGCUGAGGAUGACGUCAAAAACAAACUCACGUGUCUUUGUUACUGAGCAGGUGGAGGAGGAGAAUCUGGGCGUAGAAAAACAACACCUAGAUUCUCCAGUGGGUGAUUUUAGAUCCCUAAAAGAACUGUUCAGGUCUAUCAGAGUCUCUGAAGGAGACCGUGUUGAGGAUCAUCUUAUUUUGAACCUUGUGUCUUUGUCAGGAUGAAGAGGGUCCUGAUCGCCCAGGCUGAGGCAGAGAAGAUCAGGAAGAUCGGCGAGGCUGAGGCGACCUCCAUCGAAGCUGUGGGAAAGGCCGAGGCUGAGAAGAUGAGGAUGAAGGCUGAGGCCUACCAGCAGUACGGAGACGCAGCCAAGACGGCCCUGGUCCUGGAGGCCCUCCCUAAGGUAAAAACCACAGAGAGGUUCCUCAAAAGUUCUCCACUGACGCUCCUCUCACCACCUGGACUCUUGACCUCCAAACCCCGCCCUGAAACAGCAGUAGGAUGUCAUCAGGGUCGUCAUAAACGUGUUGGCGAGGGAUUCAGAGGUCAUCGGACUAUGACUCAUGGUCACAUGAUCACUGAUUCAGGUGUUUAUGACUUCCUGUCUACAGCUGACUAUUAAACUGUUUGUUUUUCACAGAUCGCUGCUAAAGUGGCGGCGCCGUUAGCCAGGACCAACGAGAUCGUCAUCCUGAGCGGAGAGGGCAGCCGUGUGACGGGCGAGGUCAACCGCCUGCUGGCUGAACUCCCGGUGUCGGUCAACGCCCUGACUGGAGUGGACCUGACAAAGGUAGGAACGUGUGUGUGUAUGUGUGUGUGUGUGUGUGUGUGUGUGUGUGUGUGUGUGUGUGUGUGUGUGUGUGUGUUUGGGAUCAGCUGUUAACAAAGACACUAAAAGACCUCACAUGUCCAACAGUGUUAAUUUAAUUUAUGAUAAUACAGCAUCUAAACUUUAGUGAUUUUAACACGUGACCCUGAGGAUCACAGUCCUGCGUGUCCUUUUAGACCCACAAACACUCACAUGUUCACAUGUUUGACGACCUUCAGCUGAGCGGCAGAUUCUGACACGAAAACAUCAUUUUAGUCCAAAAAGGUGAUCAGGGCGUGUCUUUCAUUUUCACUGGGACAUCCUCCCCAAACACACUUCUUACAAUCAGAGGAGUCAUGUGAUGUUGUUGUGACAUCAAAUCAGCUGACAGACAACAUCACAUGACUCCUCUGAGGAGGAAGUUUGUGGUCCAACCUCAGGAGCCGAGUCCUGAACAAAAACAAGGAGAAGUUUGAUGUGAAUGUAAAGCAUAUUUAUUUUUGUGUUUCAAUGAAAUGUGCGUGUGUGUGUGCGUGUGUGCGUGUGUGUGUGUGUGUGUGUGUGUGUGUGUGUGUGUGUGUGUGUGUGUGUGUGUGUAUGUCUGAUAAUGUCGAUCAGAUACACGUCUGUCAUGUUGACAUCAUUAUACUGUAAACCACAUAUGUCAGAGUCAAGGCCCGCGGGCCAAAUCCGGCCCGCGAGAAGGUUUUUUAUGGCCCCUGGGAUGAUCUUGAUUUAUUAUUAGAACCGGCCCGCAGACCGCAGCAAGCCGGCAGCCCGCAGAUCUUUUACACGCACCAAUACUACAUUUCCCACAAUGCAACGGUGACGCACCGAGCAGUAGGCUUAUUAGCACAGCAGUCGUCAGCAUAACAGUAAAAUUAACUUUCAGAUACCCAUCAAAAAUGCAUGUUACUUCUCCUUGAAGAAAGUGUUGUUUUUGAUUAAUAGAUUUUUGCACUUUAUUUUAUUGUAUUUCAAUCCAAUUAUAUUUUAAAAAUAUUUCAGUUGAGUGGAUGAUAGAAAAUUGCUAUUAUUAUUUUUUUCUUUGAAGUAAAUUUAGCCCACUUUUGCUAAAAUAGAAAAUAUAGGCCACUGAUGGUGCCUUGAAUAAUACCGGUUUCUUUCAUUUAAUGUUCAUGUUAUGGGGAUUUUUAUAUAAAGGAAAUUUGUCUUUUGUGUCUGUUGAAAAUUAAAGAUUACUGACAGAGCCAUAAGAAAAUAUAGCUUUAUUUAUCUGAUCAUAUUGGAAUAUAUUUGUUAGGUUUUCAGUAGGUUCAAUUAGGUUCACUUGACUAUAUGCGUCAUUUAAAAAAUUUUCAAUGAACAUUCGAUCAGUCCGGCCCUCGGCUUGUAGCAAAAUUUUUUAUUUGGCCCUCCGUCCAUUUGACUUUGACACCCCUGCUGUAAACUAUGGACACUGAUGGAUCCACUGAAGUCUUUCUCAGGUCCUCUCACUGACUGUACAGCAGCGGUCUUUAUCGGUUCUGUUCACAGUGUCAGUGUUAAAUAAAAUGUUGAAAUUCAGUCUUUCUGAAACCUUCAGGAUGGAAAACGUUGAUGGAGGCUCUGAGUCUGUGCCGUUGUCAGAGUUUUAGAGUUCAGAUUUAAAGCUGAAUCUGAUGUUAUAAUGUCAUUAAUCCGAGGUUUUAUCCAAACAGACGUACAUUAAAUCAACUGUCUUCUCUUAACAGAUCCCACUGCUGCAGAAAAUGACCAGUCCUAAAGCCUGAGAGGCGGCGGCUCCACGUGACUCCAGUAUCUGUUGUAUGCACUCUGAUAGACUGCCUUUAUUACACUUGAAGACUUUGGUUGUUUUUUACGUAUAUAUUAUACUGUAUACCAAGUGAAUUUUGGAAACCUCUGGUGCCUUACUUUAUACAGGACCAGAAUAUCUGCAUGCACUGCUGCUCAUUCAGAUUUUUUUAAGUUUGAUGGUGAGUGUACUUUGUGUUGUUUUGUCAUUUUUGAAACUAUAAUUUGUAUUUAAAUCAUUUUUAGCGGCCCGUUUGUACGACAGGUCCUUGAGUAGGACUAGUUUGAUCCAGGUGGUGACCUGACCGCUGAAGUCAGUCCGUAAUCUUUGGGAUUAGUCCAUGGGGGCCUUUCUGUUGAUUGAUAUACCUCUGUCUUUAUUUAAUGACACAUCUGCAUUCCCUCUUUAACCUGAAUCUUUUUGUUCUGUAAAUGUUCUUUUUAACUCUCGUUGUUCUUAUUCAGGUUGAUUUUAUGUCUCAGUGAUUGAUUUGUACAAUGUUCCAGGUGCUGACCGUCUUUUCACAGAAGCCCUUUCAUUGUUCAGAGUUAGUCUGUGGACUGCAGGCAUGAUCCAUGUGAAAAUGAAGCUACACUGGCAGGAAAACAAGAAGCAAAGUCCGAUCUUGUGCUGGUAUACGAGCCUGUAGUUUGGUCCUUUAAUAUUAAGUGUGACUUUAGUGUAGAGUGCAGAUAGUCUUGGCCUUCAUUAAGGUUGGAAAUGGUUCAUAAAACAGAUAAUCCAGUUAAGAGGAAAGGUUGAGUAGACUCAGAAGAGAGAAAGGCCAAACAGUGAUGCCAAAUAGAGUAGAUAAUCUUUUUAUGGUUUUAUGGUAUCAGACGGUUUUACUGCAUAGUUUCUCUGAUGUUUGAUUUCAUACCACAGAUCUCUUUAGAUGCUAAGCCAUGUUUGACAGGUCGUGUCAACAAAUCAGACUUUUACACUUUUCAGAGAAAACUACUGUUCAAUGUUUGUACAUGUUUUUGCUGAUUUGUUUUUCUUAACUGUGACAUCGGAUACUGAAGGUUAUUUAAUCGCUGUUUGUUAGCUUAUCCCAAAAAUGUUGAUCUGUUUUAAAGCCGUGAUAAAACUGUUAGUAAAUGGUCACAAGCUUCUUUGUUUCACCUUCAUGUAGACCGGACGUGAAGUUUUGGUGCAGCGGUACGAAUGAGACUGUUCCGUCAGAGGUAGGGACGGGUGGAGGGUGGACAGAUGAGCAGGUGAAAUAACAGAGAAGUUCUUAUCUGGGGAGGUGGUAUGAAGCUGGUUUAGCACUCAGAUUUACAGAUGACUGUUUAUGUUGUUAACUUAAGAUUUCGAUAAUUGUGCUCAUCCUUCAUUCGUUUAUGUUUGUAUCAUUCUUUGCUGAUUCAGUGACUUGAAAACUUACUGUGACCACUGUUGAUUUGUUUGGCUUUAACUGUGUGGGAUGUAAAUAGGACAUAUUUGUUAUAUUCCUAAUGUUAUUAACAACAUGUACACUGUGGUGUCUCAAACAGCCAUGAGUUCCUGUAUGCUCUUGCUGCAUGUCAUCCGUCUGUACACGAAUAAUCAGUUCACUCUUAGCUAAUUGUCAUUCGAAUAAAUCGAAAUACCAUCAUUUU